GCUCGAAAGAGAGAGAGAGAGAGAGAGAGAGAGUUGAAGAAGCUGUAAUGGCGUCUGAGCAAAAACAAGAGGCCAAUCUAAUCGAUGGAAAAGCCAUCGCCAACACCAUACGCAAAGAAAUAGCAUCUGAAGUUUCCUAUUUAUCCCAAAAGUAUGGUAAAGUUCCUGGGCUGGCAGUUGUCAUUGUAGGCAACAGAAAAGAUUCACAAAGUUAUGUGAAAAUGAAGAGAAAAGCUUGUGCAGAAGUUGGUAUUAAGUCCUUUGAUACGGACCUUCCAGAAGAUGUAUCUGAAGAGGAAGUGAUUAGGAAAGUUCAUGAGUUUAAUGCCGAUCCUGAUGUGCAUGGAAUACUUGUCCAGCUUCCCUUGCCAAAUCAUAUCAAUGAAGAGAAAGUUUUAAGUGAAAUCAGCAUUGAAAAGGAUGUUGAUGGAUUUCACCCUUUGAACAUUGGCAAACUUGCAAUGAAGGGUCGGGAACCUUUGUUUCUCCCAUGCACCCCAAAGGGAUGCCUCGAACUUUUAUCUAGGAGUGGUGUUUCUGUGAAAAACAAGAAGGCAGUAGUAGUAGGUAGAAGCAACAUAGUUGGAUUACCAGUGGCAUUGCUACUUCUAAAAGCAGAUGCAACUGUAACCAUAGUUCACUCUCGAACUCAUAAUCCUGAAAGCAUCAUUCGUGAGGCAGAUAUAGUUAUAGCCGCUGCUGGGCAGGCAAUGAUGAUCAAGGGAGACUGGAUAAAGCCAGGAGCUGCAGUUAUUGAUGUGGGAACCAAUUCAGUGGAUGAUCCUACUAAAAAGUCAGGUUAUAGGCUAGUGGGUGAUGUGGAUUUCGAGCAAGCGAAGAGGGUGGCUGGUUGGUUAACCCCUGUGCCUGGAGGAGUUGGCCCGAUGACUGUUGCAAUGCUGCUCAAGAACACUUUGGAAGGGGCCAAGCGUAAGUUUGGGAAUUAAUUUGUCCACCAAACGAGAGAGAGAUAAUUCUUCUGUUUAAGUACAGAUGCUAGUCAUGGUGCAUCGGCGUGGGAAAUGUCACACUGAACUAUUCCAAUUCAGUGAGAAUAAAAGUUUGUUUGUGAAGGAUUCCUUGAAAGCCGGUUGCUUCUUGUUGUUAAAUCAUCCCUAUUUAGUUCACAGUUUCUUAAAUAUGAUGGUGUUCACAGUUUCUUAAAUAUGAUGGUAGAGAGAGGCCUGCUAGUUUAGAGCGCA